AUGGCAGGAGCACAGCCCGGGGUUCAUGCGCUGCAGCUCAAGCCGGUUUCCGUUCCGGAGAGUCUGAAGAAAGGCAGCAGAUUUAUGAAAUGGGAUGAGGAUUCAUCAACAGUGACACCAGUAACCUUACGAGUGGAUCCACAAGGAUAUUUUCUCUACUGGACGGAUCAGAAUAAGGAUACUGACCUGUUGGACAUCACUCAUAUCAAAGAUGCAAGAACUGGCAAGUGCACCAAAACACCAAAGGAAGCCAAACUGCGAGAGUUAUUGGAUGUUGGGAAUCUGGUGGGGAGAAUAGAAAAUAAAAUGUUGACUGUAGUGACCGGGCCAGACAUGGUCAACAUCACAUACCUUAACUUCAUGGCCUUCCAGGAGGACGUUGCAAAGGAGUGGGCAGAGGAGCUGUUUAGUCUGGCAUCCAACCUGCUGGCUCAGAACAUGAACAGAGAAUCCAGUUUGGAGAAAGCUUUCACAAGGCUCAAACUGCAGCCCAACCAAGAGGGACGAAUCCCCGUGAAAAAUAUAUUCAGACUGUUUUCUGCCGACCGUAAACGUGUGGAGACGGCUCUGGAGAGCUGCAGUCUUCCAUCAGGCAGGAAUGAUUCCAUUCCUCUGGAGGACUUUACUCCUGAUGUUUACAAAUCGUUCCUCAACAACAUCUGCCCACGACCUGAGAUCAACCAAAUCUUUGCUGAUAUUGGGGCAAAAAAUAGAAGUUAUCUCAGUAUGGAACAGAUGACUGACUUUAUCAACAACAAACAGCGAGAUCCUCGACUCAACGAGAUCCUUUACCCUCCACUGAAGACUGACCAAGUGCAACUACUCAUGGAGAAACAUGAGAUCAACAAGGAGCUCAUUCAAAAAGGACAAAUUUCCGUGGAGGGGUUUGCAAGGUAUCUCAUCAGUGAGGAGAAUGGAGUAAUUCCACCAGAGAAACUGGAUCAAAGUGAAGACAUGACUUUCCCUCUCUCCCACUACUUCAUUAACUCCUCGCACAACACUUACCUCACAGCUGGCCAGCUGGCAGGGAACUCCUCAGUGGAGAUGUACAGACAGGUGCUGCUGUCGGGCUGUCGCUGUGUGGAGCUGGACUGCUGGAAGGGCCGGACAGCUGAGGAGGAGCCCGUCAUCACGCAUGGCUUCACAAUGACGUCCGAAAUUUCUUUUAAGGAAGUAAUUGAGGCCAUUGCAGACUGUGCAUUCAAAACCUCCCCAUUUCCUGUCAUCCUGUCCUUUGAGAAUCAUGUGGACUCUCCAAAGCAACAAGCCAAGAUGGCAGAAUACUGUCGAUCAAUAUUUGGAGACGCCCUGUUAACUGAACCACUUGAGAAGUACCCUCUGGAGCAAGGGGUUCCCCUCCCCAGUCCACAGGAACUGAUUGGAAAGAUCCUUAUUAAAAAUAAGAAGUCCCACCACAAACCCUCAGAUGGAAGCACAAAGAAGAAACUGUCUGAGCAGGCCUCUAACACUAACAGUGACUCCUCAAGUGUGUUUGAGCCCUCAUCUCCUAGUGCUGGACCAGCAGUCCCAGCAGAAGUAGAAGCAGAGAGUGAGGAGGAAGAUGACGAUGAUGACGACUGUAAGAAGUCCACAGAUGAGGGGACAGCGGGUUCUGAAGCCUUUGCCACAGAGGAAAUGUCCACUCUUGUCAAUUACAUACAGCCAACAAAAUUCAACUCCUUUGAAGCUUCCAAAAGAAGCAAUCGUAGUUACCAAAUGUCCUCAUUUGUGGAGACCAAGGCUCUCGAGCAUCUCACUAAGACCCCUGUGGAGUUUGUUGAAUACAAUAAGCUUCAGCUGAGCAGAAUCUACCCCAAAGGAACUCGAGUUGACUCUUCCAACUACAUGCCUCAGGUCUUCUGGAACGCAGGAUGCCAGUUAGUGGCUCUAAACUUUCAAACUAUAGACUUGUCCAUGCAGCUGAACCUGGGCAUGUAUGAGUACAAUGGGAAGAGUGGUUAUAGACUCAAACCAGAAUUCAUGAGGCGGCCAGACAAGCAUUUUGACCCCUUCACAGAGAGCACCGUGGAUGGGAUUGUAGCCAAUACCCUAUCAGUAAAGAUCAUAUCAGGUCAGUUUUUGACAGAUAAGAAAGUUGGCGUGUACGUCGAAAUCGAUAUGUUUGGACUUCCAGUCGACACGAGGAGAAAAGCUUUCAAAACAAAGACAUCUCAGAGUAAUGCUAUCAACCCUGUCUGGGAUGAAGAACCAAUUGUUUUCAAAAAGGUUGUCCUGCCCACUCUUGCCUCUAUGAGAAUAGCCGUGUUUGAGGAAGGUGGCAAGUUUAUUGGCCAUCGAAUAAUUCCUGUGUCAGCUAUUAGGCCAGGUUAUCGCUACAUUGGCCUCAGAAAUGAGAAGAACCAGUCGCUCAUUCUUCCUGCACUCUUUGUAUAUAUCGAAGUAAAAGACUAUGUCCCAGAUACCUUUGCAGAUGUCAUUGAGGCACUGUCAAACCCAAUUAGAUAUGUGAACUUAAUGGAGCAGAGAUCCAAACAGCUGGCUGCACUCACACUAGAGGAGGGGGAGGAGGAUGCCUCUAAAGAGGCAGAGUCAGGGGUGGAACAGCCGUCAGAGCCGAAAAACGAACCGAAACCUGCUCCUGUUGAGAAUGGCCUGACCCAUGCUCCCAGCUCCACUCCCAAACCAGCAUCUCAGGUCACCCCCCAGCCUCAGCCAGCAGGAUCAACAAAACCAGUGGCCAAGACCGAAGACAUCAUUCAGAGUGUCCUUAUCGAGAUGGAGGCCCAGACUUUAGAGGAGUUGAAGCAGCAAAAGGCAUUUGUCAGAGAGCAAAGGAGGCACUAUAAAGAGAUGAAGGAUCUUGUGAAGAAGCACCACAAGAAAACCACAGACAUGAUCAAGGAGCAUACGGCCAAAUACAAUGAAUUUCAGAACGACUACCUCCGCAGAAGGGCUGUCCUACAAAAGUCUGCUAAAAGAGAGGGUAAGAAGAGAUGUCUGUCCUCCAGUCCAGAGCAUGGGCCUUCAUUUUUUGAGCAGGAAUUAGCUCAUUUAGACCAGGAGAGCGGGCAGAAACUGGCUGAGCUGAAAGAACAGCAGCAGCAGCAGCUGCUGAACCUUCGACAAGAGCAGUAUUACAGUGAGAAAUAUCUAAAGAAAGAACAUAUCAAACAGCUAAUGGAGAAACUCACCUUGGUGGCUGAGGAAAGUCAAAGCAACCAGAUAAAGAAACUCAAAGAACUGUGUGAAAAAGAGAAGAAAGAGCUGAAGAAGAAAAUGGACAAGAAACGACAAGAGAAAAUCAAUGAAGCCAAAUCGAAGGAGAAGCACUUAACGGAAGAGGAAAAACUAGAGAUCAAUAGGUCAUAUGUCAAUGAAGUUGUACAGCACAUCAAAAGGUUAGAAGAUGCUCAAGCCAAAAGACAUGAAAGACUUGUUGAAACCCACAAGAACAUUCUGCAGCAGAUCAUGGAUGAGAAACCCAAACUUCAGAAUGAGCUGGACCAGGAGUACCAGGACAAAUUUCGCCGGUUGCCAGUGGAGAUUCAGGAGUUUGUGCAAGAGACCACCAAACGAAAGCUGACUGAGGACAGUGACCAGGAUACUCUCCCCUCAUCCAGCACUUUGGAGAAGCUAAACCAGAAAGGAGCGCAAUCAGAGGAUGACAUGGAAGAAGAGAAGAAAGAUUAA